AAUAAAUCAAACAAAAUCUUUAUUCAACGGUUCAGAGAGAAAAGUCAAAAAAUUCCGCAUUUUUGCCAUUGCUUCGAUUGGUUUCUUUACGGAUUAUGUUUCACAGCACAUGACUUUCAAUAUAUCAUAGUUACUUACGUUAUACGCCUGCCCGUGUACACACAUCAUAUUAUAAAAUAUAUUCCGGCAAGGCCGUUCCGUGGAGCCAUCAUGUCUGCCAAUAUUGUUCUUGAUAAUCCAAUUUUGUGGUGCGUUAUAUUAUAUCAUUUUAUCCCUACGAGACUAUUAACUGCAUGCUAGUAUACUUACUGCAACAGCCAGCAUCUAAUCAUCGAUAUAUCAAAGACAUUGUAGCGAAUUUUUGGAAAAUAUUAAAAAAAUAUUUGGUUUUCUUUCCAUUGCCUGAGUCGAUUCAGUCGAUAAUGAAUAAUGCAAUCGGUGGCAGCGCAGGAAAUGUCACGACUACCCUUACUAAUGGAUCUGUACCCUAUUGGGAAUAUGCCGCCUUGUUGCAACCUCUGUCACCAGGUGGACCACGAGCAUUGGCGACCACAAAUCAAGAACAGAGUGCACUUCACUAUCGUCACCACCGUUUACAACAAUUACAACAAGCACCCGCCUUUUCACAUAGCGAGAAUCAGACUCGUACUCAAGCAGAUAUGGAAGAGCAAGCUUCCGACAAUAGUCCUCUUUCUUCUGAUACUCAUCAUGCUAAUGUCUUCUAUUCGAGCUUUAAUAUUUCUGACGAUCUAUUCUACUAUUUUAAUGGCUAUUUGGGGCACAAUGAAGACUCUUUAUUGCCUGCCGAGGCAGUCGUGGAUAGUUCUACGUCAUCUACUGAAGGUGCUAAUUACAAUAUCACGACUCCUAGUAUACCAGUUGACGAACUUAACUUCGCCGAAUUCCUUCACAAUCUGCCGAAAGAUCGAGUUAGCUUACUGUCGUUCCUUUUACUCUUCUCGUUUGCCACCGUCUUUGGCAAUUCAUUGGUUAUUUUGGCGGUUGUGCGCGAACGUUAUCUGCAUACAGCAACAAAUUACUUUAUAACAAGUCUAGCGGUCGCUGAUUGUCUGGUGGGUUUGGUUGUAAUGCCGUUUUCAGCUCUCUACGAAGUAUUGGACAAUACGUGGUUCUUUGGAACCGACUGGUGUGAUAUUUGGCGUUCAUUGGACGUGCUAUUUAGUACGGCGUCUAUAUUAAAUCUUUGUGUGAUUUCAUUGGAUCGAUAUUGGGCGAUAACGGAUCCAUUUUCGUAUCCCAUGCGCAUGACUGUUAAACGGGCUGCUUUGCUUAUUUGCGCCGUUUGGAUAUGCUCGAGUGCGAUUAGUUUCCCGGCGAUAGUGUGGUGGCGUGCAGCGCGUGAUGGCGAGAUGCCAGCUUACAAAUGCACCUUCACGGAGCACUUGGGCUAUUUGGUAUUCUCAUCAACAAUAUCCUUUUACUUGCCUUUACUUGUAAUGGUUUUUACCUAUUGGCGUAUAUACCGGGCGGCGGUAAUACAAACGCGUUCACUGAAGAUCGGCACUAAACAAGUGCUUAUGGCCUCCGGUGAAUUGCAGUUAACGCUACGUAUACAUCGUGGCGGUACGACAAGAGUGCCAGCAACCAGCUCUCACCAUCAGACGCUGCACGGAUCGUUGGGUGGUGGAAGUGGAUUAGUAGUGAGCGGUAGUGGUGCACAAGAUCAUCCACAUCCACAUUCACACCAUCACCACCACACAUCGUCGCAUCAUAAUCAACACAAUGCGAGUGGGACCAAUACUUCAACACCCGAAGAGCCUGACGAUGAACCGCUUUCGGCUCUGCAUAAUAACGGUCUGGCGCGGCAUCGUCAUAUGGGCGGUAAAAAUUUCUCGCUAUCGCGUAAAUUAGCGAAAUUCGCUAAAGAAAAGAAAGCUGCCAAAACGUUGGGUAUUGUGAUGGGUGUGUUCAUCGUAUGCUGGCUACCAUUUUUUGUAGUCAAUUUAUUGUCCGGCUUUUGCAUGGAAUGCAUCGAACAUGAAGAGAUUGUAUCGGCCGUCGUUACUUGGCUCGGUUGGAUCAAUUCGUGCAUGAAUCCUGUCAUUUAUGCCUGCUGGAGUAGAGACUUUCGAAGAGCAUUUGUGCGUUUAUUGUGCGUAUGUUGUCCACGUAAAAUACGUCGGAAAUAUCAGCCAACCAUGCGUUCGAAAUCUCAGAGAUUUGCAACGCGACGCUGUUACUCAACAUGUUCCCUGCAUGGUGUACAACAUGUGCGACAAAAUUCUUGCGAACAAACAUAUAUCUAGCAAGCAAGCAAGCAAGCAAGCAAUAAGUAAUCAAAAAGAGAAAAAAGUUGUUCACCUAGAAGAGUCAAUUGGAUGAUAAUUAGCCUUUGCCGGCAGCUAAGUAAAGAACGCCGACCACAGGAAAGAGGAACCAAUGUCAACAGAUACUUUAAGCUCACGUACAUAACUACACCUGUGCCUGUACCAUUUACGCUCUGUGCCAUUGAAGUUUUUAAGGCUUUUUUUCAAAUUCAUUUUCACUGACAUCAGCGACCAGAGCCAAAAAGUAUUCGCAAUAAGUGCAUCGUUUCUUAUACGAUGUUUCGAAAUCAUUUAUUAUGAGCAAUUUAAUUAAAAGUGAUUACAAAAGAAUUUAAGAACAACAAUAGAGGCAACUUUUUCGUCUUAAUUAUAUCGUUUGCAAAGCGAACGAGUUACUCAUUAAUUC